AUGAAGCCUAGUAAACGCAAAGGCCUGGAGAAAGCGAUACACCAGAUCGAACAGGCAAUCAAGCGGCCCAAGGUCGACCCUUCUAGUGAUGAUGAUACCCAAAGGGCUAUCUCAGUUCUACAGGAACUCCUCGGCCAGGUUCAAGGCCAGUUAAUGCAGAAUAGCCACGAGGAUGAGAAUGGCAUCACAGAGGCAUCAGAUCAUCCCCGCAUGACCCCUCCGCGCGAUACCCAUGUGGAGGAGAGUCUUGCUCUUGUCGAUGCAGAAAAUCCUCUCCAGCUACUUGCUAGAGCCUCGGAUCUCCAGCUUUCGCCGACCGGGGUGCGGCGUGCGCCAGUGCCUCCAAUGCCAUCGUCGGAGGGAGGUCCGUCUUUCCUUCUGAACACCCCGCCAGGAGAACCAAGUGCCAAAUCCUUUUUUGUUCCCGCGAGAGCAAAUCUGGAUGUUGGACCUGAAGUUGACCCGGUCGACCUAGGCUUGGUCACCUUUGAUGAGUCGGAGUCCUUGUUUUCAUUGUCUGUUGAGAUUGUUUUGGCUUUCAUGGUGAACGUUCCGUGGAUGUCUCCCGGUGAUAGACUAGGGGACGAUGAUACGUGCUCCUAUAUUGCCAUGGCUCUCACUGUCGCUCUAGACCUAUCUUUGAACAAGAUUGUUUCGCCCUCUUCAAGCUUUGACCAAGAACUCAUGAAUCGCCUGGCGCGAGCAGAGUGUAUCGAUGGCAAGAGGGCUUUACACAUGGAUGGAUUUGAUGAUAUUGAUCCAUCUUCAGAGUGGGCCCUUAGGCUGUUACGAAGACGCGAAAGAGCUUGGAUUGCGUUGUAUGUUGUUGAGAGGGGUGUUUGCCUUGCACGUGGACGAAGCUACACGGUCCCACCAACCGCUCUCAUAGAAAACUGCGAUCGUUGGCAUCUGUCGAACAUUGCUGACCCGCGUGAUGGUCCUAUGAAUUCCAUGGCAGUUCUUCGAAGGGAUCUUGAUGGGCUCUUUCAGAAAGUUAAAUCAAGCUGUGAUAGUUAUCGCAUCGUCGAUACCGGCUCCGAAACUGCUCAGUUGAUUAAGAAAACCAUCCAAACCUUCUACGAGCGGUGGUAUGCGACAUGGGCCCUGUCAAUUGGGGAAGGAGACACACGCUCUCUACCCCCAUAUGUCGAGAUUCUUGUCACGCAUACUCAGUUGUCUACGUACGGCGGCGUCAUCAAUCACCCAACAGCUCCAAUUGAAGUCAAACGUUUUUUCCGAGCCGCUGGUUUAUCGUCUGCAUUGAACGUCCUGCGAGCAGCUAUACAAGGCGAAUCCCGACUAAAAUCAAUGCCAAACAAUACCGUCAUCAUGAUCUCCUUUGCCGCAUGCUCUGCUCUCAGCCUCAGCAUAACACCCGGUGACAGCAGAUCCAGUUUGGCCCCAAGCGUCCGAAAUCUCAUCGAAGAGACUGCUGGUGUCUUAGAGAGAAUCGGAGCAACACCAAGUCACCGAAGCGGCGCGUCUGUGCUUUACGGAAGAUUCUUACGUGAAUUGAUUAGGCGUGCACCGGCCUUGCCUUCGCAGCCCCGAGGAAAUCCAGCCAAAGCCGAUCCGCCUGAGCCGACAUUCCCCUCUGCAUGUCUGGAUCAUGGAUCGCUGCCAGUGACACUACCACCAGAGGAUCUGUGGUCUGAGCCAUUGCAAUUCUCUGCUAUGUCUGAUAAUCAGAUCGUCGAUGCAGUCAACCGAGCGGGCACCGCGUUUGGGGCGUCGAUCCCCGAUGUGUCUCUUGAUGAUAUGCUUAAUUGGGAUUGGCUUGACUUUGCCAACCCGGAUUUCAAUUUUUAA